AGGAGAGGAGAAAGAGCAACAGAGCCCAAGAGAAACAAGUGAUGCACAACUCAGUUGCUCAUCACCCUCUAACUGAUGCCCAGCCUGUCCUCAGAGAGCAAAUUGGCUCCCUUUUGGGUAAUUUCCACAGUUUAUUUCCUGGAAAUGAUGUUCUGUGGUAUGUAAUAUCCCUCUGGCCUGUUUGGGUCUGCUCUCCUGGCCACGCUGCUUCCCAGCUUUUGGUGCAGCUCCUCCCUGGCUGAGUGUGAGACCUGGAAAAUCCUUGACUCAGGGUGAGAACGACUCAGGAAGAGCCAAAACAUCAGUAAGUUAUCAAUAUUAUCCUCAUCCUAAAUCAGAAAAGAAACACAGCACUGUGGGAGGAAAAUUUACGCUCCCAGGCAAAACCAGGACAAUCACCACUCCCACAUCCUAUUCCUCACUUGGGGACAUAUUUAAUGACUGUGGGAGGCCACUGGUCAUUGGAAAUGCCUGGCUGUGGCCCUGUCAGAUCCAGGGGACAGCGCACCCAGGCUCUUGGAAAACCAGGGCUGCUUCCCCAAGCCUUGGAGCUGCUCCAGCUGCUGGGCAAAGCCGCUGAAGCCCAUGGAGUUCCCAGGGCAGGUUUGGGAGCAGCCCAGUGCCCUUGCCCUGGGUGAGCCACCAACCUGGGAGAUGCCAGAGACCCAGCAGGUGCCAGAGCUCCUCUGGGAAGGGCUGGAGCUGCAUUUUAGCAGCAGCACCUCGUGGGGUGGGCGAUAAGGAAGCAAAACUCGGAUGGCAGCACAACGAAAAGGAAAACAACACAGGGCUGAAGGGAGAUUAAAGGCUGAGGUGGGGGGGAGAAAUCCCAGCUGGUGGCACAACAACACAGGAUUAAACUUGGGAUGGCACAGAGCUUCUGCAGAGAGGGGAGGGUGGGGGUGUCCAGCCCCAGAUGUCAGAGAGCAAAGAUUCCCAAAGUUCAACCCAGUUCAAAGAUCAGAUGAGCAGCACAGAGGAGCUUAUGAUGUGAGCUCUGAAAACAGCUCGUGAUUAUUUCCCUGCUAUACUGGGGCUUCCCAGAUGCUGCUGGAACCACACCAGUACAGAAGGGCUUCAUACUGGUAUAGCUCCCUCCCUCUUCCCACUUCUAGAAAUAACCAUCAUGGCAAUUUUUAUAAAUACAUCUGUGCCAGGCUAAGGGGUUAUGUGGCUUUAAAUACACCAAGAAUAAUGGCUAAUAUUUUUUCAUAGACUUAAUUAAAUCGUUAAUUAAAUCUAUACCGUCACUGAGUGUCAGACAGCCCAGAGGGUCCACAGUAAGAGAUAAAACAGAUUCAUGCACAAGUUUUACUACGGGUAUUAAUAAUUAUAGCUACUCUGCUCACCCAUGUCUGUCAAAACUAAUUUGCUUCUUUGUGAGCUCCAUGGGAAUGGCUGGACCUGGACUGACCAUUUAAGGGCCCAGGGGACCUCCUAGACAUCCAUGGGUAGGCAAGCAGGGCACAUGAGCUGCAGGAGAGCUCAGCCACUCUGGAGCAUCAGCUCCAGGCCAGGCAGGCUGCUCUAGACUUUGUCAUGGGGGUGAUGAAAGUGUCAAAGUGCUUGUGUUUAGAUGUCUUAAUCCAUGAGACACGUUAAGACAGACACCUUAGAAAGUGCUUGUGUUUAGAUGUCUUAAUCUGUGAGUUGAAGCCCACCAUUGCAUUUCCUUUACUUCUGUUCUGCCUCAGACACUCUGUCUGCCACCAGGAUCUGGAAAGGAUGGAUUUAUUGGUGCCAAGGUGCUCAGAGACUGUGCCACUGGGGCCCAUUUUCAUGUAUGACAGAGUCACAGAAUCAGUGAGGCUGGAAAAGAGCUCUGGGCUUGACUCCAGCCUAUGAUUGAAUCAGACCGUGGCCCUGAGUGCCUUGUCCAGCCUUUCACCUCCAGGGAUGGUGACUCCACCACCUACUGCAUGGAAAAAGCCAUCCCUCUCCCACAGUCCCCAAAUCUCCUGCUUCAGUGAGGAUUUUAAGGGCACUUCCAGCACAGAUCUUGUAUCCCACACAGGGCUGUAAAUAAGCAGCUUUAUCUCCAUUUCCCGCUCCCUUCCAGACCCCUGAAAAGUGACUCGAGAAGAGAAUAAAGGAUAAACCUGUGCAGAAAAGCAGCCCUGGAUGGGAUCUGGCUGGAGCUGGGGAUGCCACCAAGCCCACACAAGGCCCUCCCUUAGCGCAUCUUUCCAGCUUUGACUUCAUGGUCUAUUUUCAGCACGGCUAAAGGUCCAGCACUUUCAGAGCAGCCCAUUUAGCACCAUCAGGAGGAAGUCCCAGCCUUGCUACCCAUGACCCACAAGGCAGAUUGGGCUGUUAGAUUCACCCAGAGGCCGCUUCCCAAGCCCAUGGGUCGCACGCGUCCCCCCAUGGUGUCACAGCAGCGGAACCUCCCGCUCCCCCCGCGCUGACUCAUGAGCUGACAGACCCUUCCUGAAUCACUGAGGCUGGAAUUGCAGCUGUUCCCCGGCCCCCUCCCUUCCUCCUUGUCCAAUGUGUCAUAUUAAAGGGUGAUCGGCUUACACAUGCUGCAGUAUGGAUUCCUUAAGCUCUGCAGCGCUGUGUCUAUAUAUAAAGCCCCGAGCUGGAAACUGAAGUGCACAGACAGCUGGGAGCGUAGUGAGAGCUUCGCAUUCCCGGUGUGCCGGCGGUCUGGAAGCCCACUAGGCUGUGAGCUCUGCUUUGAGCAAGUUUCUUUACUCAGGUGUAGCUAUAGCCACCAAUAUUUACCCAUAAAAAAGAGACUGGGGCAAAGAACGAGAGGUUACUCAUCACCAUGGGUCUGCCUCUUGAUCAAGUGGAAGAAUUGCGGCUCUACCAGCAAACUCUUCUCCAGGACGGACUCAAAGACAUGUUGGACCACAAUAAGUUUCUGGACUGUGUCUUAAAAGUCAAAGGGAAGGAGUUUCCCUGCCAUCGGCUGGUGCUGGCAGCCUGCAGCCCCUAUUUCCGGGCCAUGUUCCUCUCAGACAUGGAAGAGAGCAAGAAGAGAGAGAUCAACUUGGAAGAUGUGGAUCCAGAUGUCAUGGGCAAGAUCCUCCAUUACAUCUACACCUCUGAGCUGGAGAUCACCGAGCAGAACGUGCAGGACAUCUUCUCCGUGGCCAACAUGUUCCAGAUCCCUUCCAUCUUCACCGUGUGCGUGUCCUUCCUGCAGAAGCGGCUCUGCCUCAGCAACUGCCUGGCCAUCUUCCGGCUGGGAUUGAUGCUGGAUUGCGCCCGGCUGGCCGUGGCUGCCCGGGAUUUCAUCUGUGACCGCUUCGCGCUGGUCUCCCGGGAUGAGGAGUUCUACCAGCUCUCCCCCGAUGAGCUGAUUGCCAUCAUCUCCAGCGACUCCCUCAACAUCGAGAAGGAGGAGAGCGUCUUUGAAGUGGUGAUGAAGUGGGUGGGGACCAAGGACCGUGAGAGCCGGCAGAAGGCCUUGCCCGUCAUCUUCGAAAGCAUCCGCUUCCGCCUCAUGCCCAACGACUACAUCAGGGACCACGUGGAGAAGCAUGCCAUGGUCAAGUCCAGCCCGGAGCUGCUCAAGAAGCUGCAGAUGGUGAAGGAUGCCCAGAAAGGCAAAUUCACUGUGGUGAAGAAGAAGAAAGUGAAGAAGAACAGUGAGAAUCAAGCAAAGGAGAAUGUUGUCAAUGGAGCAGUGGAUGAAGGGGAAGAUGCAGAGGAGGAUGCUCUCCCUGGGAUCCUGAAUGACACCAUGCGCUUUGGGAUGUUCCUCCAGGACCUUAUUUUCAUGGUGAGCGACAGUGGAGCAGUGGCCUAUGACCCCAAUGCCAACGAGUGCUAUUUUGCCUCCCUGUCUACUCAAAUCCCAAAGAACCACAUCAGCCUGGUGACCAAAGAGAAUCAGAUCUUCAUUGUUGGAGGACUGUACUACAACGAGGACAACAAAGAGGAUCCCAUGAGCUCCUACUUCCUACAGUACGACCAUCUGGACGCAGACUGGCUGGGGAUGCCCCCCCUGCCCUCCCCUCGCUGCCUCUUCGGCCUGGGGGAGGCAGAAAACUCAAUUUUUGUGGUUGGAGGGAAGGAACUGAAGGAAGGAGAGAAGACCUUGGAUUCAGUCCUGUGCUACGACCGGCUGUCCUUCAAGUGGGGUGAGGCCGAUCCCCUUCCCUACGCAGUCUAUGGCCACGCAGUGGUAUCACACAAGGAUCUUGUCUACGUCAUCGGGGGCAAAGGAAGUGACAAGAAGUGCCUGAAGAAGAUGUGUGUCUACAACCCAGCCAAGUUUGAGUGGAAGGAACUGGCUCCCAUGAAAACCGCCCGCUCUUUGUUCGGAGCCACCGUGCACAAGGACAAAAUCUACGUGGCAGCUGGUGUGACCGACUCAGGUUUGACCAGCUCGGUGGAGGUCUACGACAUUGCCACCAACAAGUGGGACACCUUCCCUGAGUUCCCUCAGGAGCGCAGCUCUGCCAGCCUGGUCAGCCUGUCUGGGGUGCUCUACCUGCUCGGGGGCUUCGCCACGGUGGAGACGGAGUCGGGAGAGCUGGUGCCAACGGAGCUGAACGAUGUUUGGAGGUAUGAUGAGGAGCAGAAGAAGUGGGAAGGGGUCCUCCGGGAGAUCCAGUACGCCUCCGGUGCCACGUUCCUUCCCGUGCGCCUCAAUGUUCUGCGCCUAACGAAGAUGUAGUCAGGCGUGACUGCUCUUCUUUCCACGGGGUGCUGGGGCAAGGAGGGAUGGGGGAGAUGCUUAUCAGGGAUAUGGCAUCUGGACUCUGCCCAGGACAUUGCAUCUGUGAUUGGUUCUUUUUUGGAUAAGUGGGGAAGAGGGGAGAGUAUCUGGAAAACCUCUGGGAACUUGAAGGUGCUCACAAGGUAAUUACAGAGGGGAUCUGCAAGGAGCUGGGCAAGGCUGAGAAGCACAGAAAAAUUAGUUAUUCCUGUCUCAGGAGACAGGACAAAUAGAUCAUACAUUUUUUGACUUCUUUCUCCAUGUUUUCCCCCAUCUUUUAAACUGCUUCGGACCUCUCCAACAAAACAGCAGAUGCAGAAAGUGGGGGCUAAGAUGACAUUCCCCAGGGAAAGACAUCUAAAAAGCAUUUCCCAGCCUAAGGUGUCUGUCAGCAGAGUGAUCCUUGGAGAGGUGAAAGAAGGGUUAAAGUCAAGUGGUACAGGAGAGAUCUGAUAGAAUUUGAUGAGUUCCUGAGUGAAGAGUGUUGCUGGGAUGAGACAGUUAAAGAUCAUGUGAGCUGCAGAAGCACUUUGGAAGUUGGAAUUAAAAGCAAAUAAUCUUAGUUCUUCACCUCCACCUUGGCUUUGGAGUGAUGAGAGACUUGGAGCUGUCUCAGGAAGGGAGGAGUCAUGGAAGUUAUAGGGUGGGAAAGGAGGAAGAGAUGGACAGGGGAUGCCAUGUGUGGUCAUCUCCAGCCUUUUGGGCUCCUCAUCCUCAAUCACAGAUCACAAUGUCCUCACCUAUGGAUGGACAAAUUCUGUUUUUAGGGAAAGGUUUUAUAUUUUUGCUGUUCGUCUUAUUUUUAAUGUUCAGACUUUUUUUUUUUUUUUUUUUAAGAGUAUUUUACUUUGCUAAGACCUCAGAUGUGUUUGUCUCAAAGAGAAUUUCUGACUGAGGAAAAAUGCAUAUUUAUUUUAAAGUUGUCAAUAAUGAAGUCUUGAUAGAGACACGACUGUACUGGCAGCAGAAAAAAAGAUCUGUUAGAGCAAAAAUCUCCUGAUGCCCACACCAUCUGACCAGUGCUUUACUUAAAAAUAAAUGUGACUAUUCCAAAAUAAAUCCCUUGUGUUUGCACAUUGAGAGAGCUGAAACUGAUCCUUCACAGCAACCAAAGACAAGGACUGAGCACAAGUUGUGAUGGACAUGUGCAGCAAAACAACCCCAUGGAGAGCCCCAUCUUUUCUUGUUAUUUUCCCCCAUUUGAGAGCUGAAAUUUUAGGAUCUGUAUCCUUCCAGCUCUUCCCCUUGGAUACCACAACUAGGAGUUUACCCAGGACUAGAAGGAAGAAGGGUGCCUACACUGACAGGGUGAGAGGAAACAACCUCAAGUUGUGCCAGGGGAGGUUUAGAUUGGAUAUUAGAAUGAGUUUUUUCACAGAAAUGAUUGUAAAGCACUGGAAGAGGUAGUGAUGGACUCCCCAUCCCUGGAAAUGUUCAAAAAACGUGUGGAUGCGACACUUAGGAAUAUGGUUUAGUGAUGAACAUGGUGGUGGUGCUGGGUUGGUGGCUGGACACGAUGAGAUUAAAGGUCUUUUUCAACCUUAGCAACUUUAUGAUUCUGUGAUGUCUUAGCGCCAUUAAAAGGGGUGAUGAUCAAUAACAAUUUAAA